AUGGGCUGCUAUAUUUUGUAAUAAACAUUUUUGGAGAUUAUUAAAGAAAAAAAAGGAGAAAUUGAUUAUGAAUUUGCUUACUAGUAUAGGAAAAAGACUGAUAAUAGAAAAUAAUUUAUAUUUUUUGAUUUAAACUAAUUUUAAAAAGAAAAAAAUGUUGAGAUUAACGGAAGAUUAAAUAAUAAAAAUUAUUUUAUUGCAGGUAUUUUUUAUGAUUGCUAGAAGGAUGUAUCUAAAAAUGCUAAAAAUUUUUUGAAAUAAUCAAUAGAAGAAAGUAUAUAUUUUAGAUAAGGAUAGUUUGAAUAUGGAUUUUAAAACAUAAUUGAUGGUCUCAAAUGUUUUUUAUAUUCUUGCGAAACUUAAAAGAAGUAUGAAUUUGAAAAUAUAUUUGGACUUGAUUAUCUUAAUGAAGACAUAAUAACAAUUAAUUUGAUGAUGUAUUUUGGAGGUACUAUCUAUUUGUCUAAAUCUGUUAGUAAAUCUAAACUUAUUAAAAAUAAAUAUUUAGUUCAGUUGAAAAAUGAAUAAAAAUUAAGAUCACUAAACAAAACAGAUAUUUCUCAAGUAUAAAAUGAUGUUCUGUUACUAAACGCAAAUAUUUCAAAUAACCUCUAAGAAUUAAUGUUAACAUCUUCAUUAUGUCCUGAUACCUUCCUUCAAUAAAAAGUAGAAGAAUGCUAUCCUUAAGAUCUAACAAGCAACAGUGUAUUUGGAGAUAUGUAUUAUCUAAAAAUAAAAAAAAUCUAAUCUCUAAAAAGUAUAGAUUGA